CUCUGGGUGCACUUGCUUCCGUGGGUUCUGCUGCUACGCAGGACCAGGAGGCCAAGGUUCGAACGGAGAGAGAGGCGUAGAGUGUCCGGAGCCAUGGACUACCAACAGAAACUGGCUGAAAAACUCACCAUCCUCAAUGAGAGAGGCAAUGGGGUGCUGAUACGCAUGAACUACAUUAAGAAGACAUGUGCAGACCCCAAGCUGCGUCCAUCCGUCCUCACAGAGAAAGCCAUGGAAUCUGCCAUCAAAUACAUCAACAAGAAAUUCCCCAACAUUGACUUCAGAGGAAACAUUCAAAAUCUCACCAACAUCCAGCGACAGAAAUCUGAAGUGAUGACGGCAACGUCCAGCUACUACGACUCUUUCCUGGAUGUCAUAGAGUUCAGGGACCAUGUUUAUGAGUUGCUGAACACCAUAGACGCCUGUCAGUGCUUCCUUGAUAUAACAGUCAACUUUGACUUCACCAAAAGCUACUUGGAUCUGAUCAUCACCUACGCAUCCGUUAUCGUGACGCUGUCUCGCAUUGAUGACAAGAAGGCUCUGGUGGGGAUGUUCAACUGCGCCCACGAGAUGACCAACGGGAGCAGUGACCCCUCCUACCCGAGGCUUGGCCAGAUGUUUUUGGAGUAUGAGCAUCCCUGGAAGAAGCUCACCGAGGAGUUUGGCCCCCACACAAGGUCUGUAACAGCAGCGUUGCUUUCCCUGAAGAUGGUGUACCCACGCAGGAACCUGCCAGCAGAGCAGUGGCGGAGCGCCCAGCUCCUCAGCUUGCUCAGCGCUCCAGCUGCCAUGAUGGAUCCAGCCUGCUGCGAAACUAUGGCGUGUGAAUACCUGUCUAUGGAGGUGGUGGAGCGUUGGAUCAUAAUCGGUUUCCUGCUGUGCCACAGCAGCCUGAACUCAAACCAGGCCUCUCAGGACUUGUGGAAGAUGGCCCUGAGGAGCGGCCUCUACCUCGUCCUCACCAGAGACGAAGUCCUCAACAUACACAAGGUUACCGAGGACCUCUUCGACAGCUUCAAAGGGUACAGCAAGCGAAUCGCAGACAUCAAGGAAUGCCGUGAGCACGUUAUAGUGAACUGCGGAGCUAUGCACAGAGAGAGGAGGCAGUUUCUGAGAGGAGCGAUGAAGGAAUUAUUUAAAGUUCUGGAGGAUCAACCGGGACUCCUGGGACCAAAGGCCCUGUUUGUCUUCAUGGCACUGUCAUUUUGCCGCGAUGAGGUCCUAUGGCUCGUCAGACACUCUGAAAAUAUGCCAAAGAUAAAGACGCCGGAGGACUACGUUGACAAUCAGAUGGCUGAGUUGCUGUACUACAUUCAGAAGUUAAGAGGUCUGGUGAGAAAGCACGUCCACGUGAUACAGCGCUACCACAUUCAGUACCUGGCCCAGUUCGAUGCCUUGGUUCUCAAUGACACCAUACAGAACAUGUACGUGUGUCCAGAGGAGGAGUCAGUCCUGUUGACCUCAUUUGUCUCUACUCUGUCUGCUCUCUCAAUCAAACAAGUGGACAACAAAGAGGAGUUUGAUUUCGGGGCUCUGAGACUGGACUGGCUAAGGCUGCAGGCCUACACGAGUGUGAAUAAGGCCCCACUUCCCCUGAAGGAGUAUCCUGACCUGGCGAAGGUGAUGAACAUGACCGAGUUUCACACCAGGAUGGUGGACAGUCUGGAAGAGAUGAUGCAGGAGACGUCGGAAGUGUCAAUCUUCUGCUUCUAUCCACGUGUCUUUGAGAAGAUGUUCACCCAGAGCAGCGAGGAGAUGACCAUGAAGCGUUACCUCAUGGCCUUCCCUUCAGUCUGCUCCCACUUCAGUCAGUGUGGACAUCUUCUCUGCCCAGAAGAGAUGGACGCGAUGGAGAAGAAGAGUCUGCGCCUGUGUGUGACCUUCUUGGAGCAGAUAGCCAAGCAGACCAGCAGCGUAGUGCUGGAGAUAUGCGCCGAGCAGCGUAACCUCAACGAUCAGCUGCUGCCUAAGCACUGUGCCGAGACCAUCAGCGCUGCUCGCUACAGAAAGCAAAAGAAGCCGGUGCCAAAGAAAGGAGAGGUCCAGAAAGAGAAGCCAGGCGCUGAGAGUCUGAGGAAAGACCGGACCAUCGCCACCAAUGUGGACAAGAUGCACCUGAUGCUGACAGAGCUCUGCUCCACCUACAGCCUCUGCACCGACUUCAUUGUCUUCGAGCACAUCGUCGUCCCCACCGAGUUCCUCCUCUCUCACCUGGAGUUGCGACUCUCUGAGAUCAUCGUGAGAAUGGCCAAUUACAACCAGACCACCCAGGAGAUCGCUCGUCCCUCUGACCUCCUGGCCGGGAUAAGAGCCUACACAUCCAAUCUGCACAGCCUGUCCAGUUACAUCAACGUGGACGUCACCCGGCUGGUGAAGAGCGUCCUGCUGCAGCAGACGCAGCCACUGGACUCCCACGGGGGGCCGACCAUUACCACCCUCUACACGAACUGGUACCUGGAGGCUCUUUUACGUCAGGCGAGCAACUCCCUCAUCGUCCAUUGUCCUACCAUGCAAUGCUUUGUCAGCCAGACUACUGAAAGUGAACCAAGCUUCAGAGCAGAGGAAUUCUCAGAUGUACUGGAGCUUCAGGCACUGUCAGAACUACUUGGUCCAUAUGGCCUGAAGUUUCUCAGCGAGAAUCUGAUGUGGCACAUCACCUCUCAAGUCACGGAGCUGAAGAAAAUGGUGAUUGAGAACAUGGACGUCCUGGUGCAGAUGAAGAACAACUUCGAUAAGCCUGAAGAAAUGGCCAGUCUUAGAAAGAGGCUGACAGGGGGAGAGAACGUGCUGAAGAGGAUGACCAUCAUCGGAGUGAUCCUGUCCUUCAGAUCAAUGGCACAGGAGUCUCUGAAAGAGACCCUCCAUAAGCAUUGCCCAUACCUGAUGGGGCCGAUUGAGUGCCUGAGAGACUUUAUCUCCCCUGAAGUUGACAUACAGGUGACUCUGAGCGUCUAUGAGCUGGCUACUGCUGCGGGCCUCACGUGUGAUAUCGACCCUGCCCUUGUUGCUGCUAUUAGAAGCAUGCACACAGAUAACACAUCCAUUGACGAGGAGCACAAGCUGUCCUGUUUGCUGCUUGUCUACAUCGCUGUUUCCCUGCCUUCCUUGGCCCUGGACUCCAACUCCUUCUACAGCCGAGAGCAUGGAGGCCACAAUAACAACAUCCACUGUUUAGCUACCGGCAUCAACCAGCUGGCAGCUGCCAUGUUCACCGUUCAGAACAAGAACAUAGAGCAGCAGCUCAAAGAGUUUCUCAAGCUGGCCUCCACCACUCUGCUCCAGUUGGGACAAAAUGCGGAGAGAAUCGAGAGCAAAAACCGAGAGUCCGUCUACCUGCUUCUGCACUUGAUUGUGGAGGAGUCCCCGUACUUGAGCCAAGACAUUCUGGAGAGCUGCUUCCCGUAUGUUCUGCUCCGAAACUCCUACAGGGAGGUGUACAGGUCCUUUGUCGUCACUAUGGGCUGAUCAGAGUCUUAAGAGAAAAUGUAUUCAAACUUUAUUUACCCAGAAGAGUUUUUGAAUGGACAUGCAUGCUUUUGUUUUUAAUGCUUAUCAGCCUCUGAUUCAUACAGAUCUGCUCUCAGGUUAAAUGUGGCCUUGGACAUUUAGCUCAGUUAAUGUUGAGUCCUGUGAGUCACCGCCCAUUUUAAAAGACCUUGCUUUCAUGAUGACUGUUUACCAGCAUUAUGUGUCUUAACAACUGCUCCAGUAUUACUAAUAUCAGCUUUAAUCAAUAGGUUGUUCUUUAAGUUAACCUUUCAUACUUUCAGACACAGUGACACAGAGGAAACAUGCUUUUAAAAUGGAACCACAUCCAGUUUUGAACAGGCUGUUGUGUAAAUAGUUGGUGUGUAACACUUCGGAGAAUAAAAAUGACAUUAAUGCCCUU